AUGGUGGGAGUUCCCCACAGCACCGGCUGUGAAAGCUGUCGGAAGCGCAAGAAGAAAUGCGACAACAGGGCACCAGCAUGCACGGCCUGUGUCGCCUCUGGGCGCAUUUGCCCAGGGUAUCAAAAAGAGUAUAAAUUUAUCAAUGAAAACACAUCUCUCCUGGCUCAUUAUCGCAAGAAGAAGUACCUCUUAGAAGAAAUUGGUGCUGACCCGGACGAAACUGUGGCUUUAUCGAGAUCCGCGAGGAACCACACUUACCGCACCGUUUGCUCUUACGAAUGGAUUUGCUGGCCCUUGGUUUCUGACCGGGAACAUGAUGGUGCGAAUUUAGUUUAUAUCCUGCAGGAUCCUACGAGUCAGAUGGUUUUCCCCUUGAGAUCACAUGGGGGCUUUUAUCAGUAUAUUCCAAGUCGAUUGGGACGAAAUGUUGCUCUGGACUCUGCCGUUGCUUGUCUUUGUACUGUGUAUGCGAAUCUCCUGGCUGCUGAUGGGACUAUUUCGAAAGAUGCUUGGCGCAAAUAUGCCCAGAGUAUUGGGGCGCUACGCUUGUGCCUGGAUGAUCUCGAGCGUUGCUUCCAGUCAGAGACUAUCUAUUGUUCAGGAUAUGAACUUGCGACAGCCGUGCUUUCUCGCACAGCCUCUUUGGCGGGAGUUCUUGCGGGACACGGAAGAGACUGCAUUGACACCUACAAGUCAGGCGUGUGUUCUACGAUCGAAGCUUUGCGACUGGCUGGUGGAUAUUCCUCUGCUUCUUGA